UCCCAAAUAUUCUUUUCCCCAAUCUCUCAUUUUUCAUUUCAAUCCAAAUCCAUGGCGGUUGAAGAUGAUUUCACUUUCCCCACCGCCUUCGACUCCUUCACCCGCUGCAGCAUCGAUUCCCCGCCGCUCUGGCGCGUCUCCCCCGCCGCAUCUCCCAUUUCCGAUUCCAACUUCAGAGACACCACGGCCCAUACUGAGAGGGCCGAUCGUUUCGCCACCGUGACAUUUACGUCCUCGUUGCAGAGGAGGAGACUCGAGAGCGACGAGGAGGAGGAGGCGGCGGCGGCGGCGGCGGCGGCGGAGAAGAUGGAUGUGCUCUGGGAGAAUUUGAACGAGGACUUAUCGAGGAAUCGAAGAUCGAGGUUGAUGAAAUCGGCGGAGAUUGAAUCGGUUGAGAUAGCGGAAUUGAAUCCGUCGGAAACUUCGAGGAGCACGGCGACGAGGAGGAAGAAGACGACGACGGGGAUUGUUAAGGUUUUGAAGAAGCUUUUCUUGAUGCAGAACACUUCCCGCCAGAAUCUGGAAACUCGAUCAGGCUGGAAAACGCGUCGGAUUCAUUUUUCUCAAAAUGUAUAAAUUAAUAAGAAUUCACAAAUUAAUACAUGAUUUGAUUUUAUCUUUCCUUCUCGAACAUUGAAAAUACUUCAAAAUUUUUAACCCAAUUUCUUGUUCUUCAUUCAUUGUAAAAGGGGUAAAUGUGGGCUUCUGGUAUCUACCUGUUUGAAUUGGGGGGUGGUUUUGGAAUUUAUGUUCUUAGCUACAUUUCAUAAUAGUUACAAAUAUAGCUUAAUUUUAAGUUCACUUCAAUAUAAA